CCAAAUUCAAAAACUUCCGUCCACUAAUUUUGCAAGCUGGUGAAAAUGCAUUGCCAGACGAAAGGUUCAUGGGGAUCUUACAUGCCGACCACUGCUGUGGUUAUCGGGGAUCCAUUGGAGAGGAUAGAGAGGUUGGCUUCAGAGAAUGCGGUGGUUAUCUUCAGUAUAAGCAGCUGCUGCAUGUGCCACGCCAUUAAGAGGCUCUUUUGUGGCAUGGGAGUUAACCCAACCGUGAUUGAACUCGAUCAAGACCCUAGGGGGAGUGACAUGGAGAAGGCUUUGAUCAGGCUGCUGGGUGCCUCACCUGCUGUUCCUGUUGUUUUCAUUGGUGGGAAGCUUGUGGGUGCAAUGGAUAGGGUCAUGGCUUCUCACAUCAAUGGAACUCUUGUUCCUCUACUCAAACAAGCUGGAGCUCUGUGGCUCUGAUUUUUCUUUAGCUUCUUCCAUCAUUACGGUUUUAAAGAUUAAAAUAAAAAAGACUGGUACAGAAAAGUGU